GGGUGUUUGAGCUCGUUUUACAGCAUUCUUUUAAGCCGUUUAGUAUUUUUCACCCGCGCUUGUCUUUGGACAAUGGCUUCUAGAAAGGCAGCCCGAAAGCUGUUUGAGGAGAAGCCUGUUUUGGAAGAGCUUGGUAAUGGUAUUGAAAACGAAUCUUCCAACGACGACGAGUCAGUGUCGAAGGCAGAUGAGGAUAAGAAAGGGGACCCUGAUUUUGAGCCUCUAUACUCAACGAUGAUGAAUGGUCAAACAGUGAGCCAAGCCCCCAAAAAAUGUCGUAUCGUCCCGUCCCCUAUCAUCACACCACACCCCCCCAGAACCCCUGCAUCCUCUGCACGUUCCUUGAGUCCAAGGUCAACUCCCAGAGGAAGAUCUCGUUCUCCACGGGGGAGAAAAAGGUCUGCAGGUUGCAUGUCAGCGGACAGUGACAUGGGCAUUUGGAAUGACAUCAGCGUGGAGGAUGAGGCUCUAGUGCUACCCAAUUUUGUUCCAAAGAGAAAUCCAGGAGCUCAGCUCGUCUUGGAUAGAAUGUAUUCCCCUUUGCAACUAUUUCAGCUUUUCUUCCCAAACUCUGUGGUGGACACCAUUGUGAAGAACACAAAUAGUUAUGCAAAAAUGAGGUCUGAAGCUGGAAAGAAAUUCCUGUGGGUCCCUAUGACGGCGAAGGAACUAUAUUUGUAUAUUGCGCUUGUUAUUUACAUGGGACUCCUCAGCACAAAAACGAUUGUAGAUUACUGGUCAGGCAAAAAAAUUUACAAUUUACCUUUUCCAAAAUCAGUGAUGUCCAGGGCUAGAUUUCAUGCCAUCUCUUGGAACCUGCAUCUUUGCAAUCUUGAGGAGGAUCGAGCAAAUGAGCAGAAAAAGGGGACUCCAGACUAUGACAGACUUUUCAAAAUCAAGCCCCUGUACACUGACAUCAUCACAGCAUGCAAAACGUACUUCCAACCAAACAGACAGCUGGCAGUGGAUGAAAGGAUGGUGGCGUCUAAAGCAAGAAUCAGCUUCAAACAGUACAUGAAGGACAAGCCAACCAAGUGGGGUUAUAAACUCUUUGUUCUUGCUGAUUCUGCGUGUGGCUACACAUGGAACUUCUUUGUUUAUGAAGGUAAGUCUUCUUUGGCCACAGGUAAAGGACUGAGUUAUGAUUCUGUGAUGCGCCUCUUGGAUCUGUCUCUUCUUGGCAAAGGCUACCAUGUGUACAUGGACAACUUCUAUACAAGCCCAGACCUUUUGUUGGACUUGCUGGAUAAAAAGACACUUGCGUGUGGCACGAUACGCUCCCACGUACAGGGCUUUCCUAGAACAAGGGCCAACGAGCUCAGCGAAAGGGCGCAAAGAGGAUCCACACGCUGGCUCCGGGAAGGUAAGAUCCUCUUUGUGAGGUGGAUGGACACAAAAAUGGUUUCAAUGUGUUCAACGAUUCACAAGGCAUAUGAUGGCUCUACCGUUUCUAGGCGUGUAAGGAAUCCCAAGAAUGUGUGGGAAGCACGCCAAAUUCCAAUUCCGGCGGCAGCGAAGGACUACAAUAAAUACAUGGGAGGUGUGGACCUUUCAGAUGCUCUGAUUGGGUACUACAAUGUCCUACACAAGACCAAAAAAUGGUACAAGACCUUUUUUUUCCAUUUUGUCGAUAUCGCUGUGGUGAACAGUUUAAUUCUCCACCAGCAUCUGUUGAAAACUCAGAACAAGACCCCUCUCAACCAGAAGGACUUUCGAGAGGCACUUGUGGCAGAGCUGGUAGGGAUUGUCAUACCGCCCAGUGCAUCAGAAGCCAAGGAGCCAUCCACAUCAUGUGGCCAAGUGCCAUCCACACAAGAGACCUCCACAUCUGCUGUCGAGGAACAGCUAUGCUGGCCAGAGUAUUUCGGAUCAGAUGCCACAAGUGGGAGGAGGGUCUGUGUCCUGUGCAAAAUUUUGGGUCACAAAGUAAAGACACCUGUGUACUGUACAAAAUGCAAUGUAGCUUUGUGCUUUGUGUCUUCAAGGAACUGCUUCAAAAAAUGGCACACUGAGAAACCCUCUGAAGAUGACGAGGAAAAAUAA